AUGAAUAAACGUCAGACUCGCGAUAAACGCCCAUCUCCAGCGCCAGAAACCGAGACAAAGGUCGAAAACUGUUUUUUGAAAAUUUGAAGGUUAUUUAUUAUUAUUAUUUUCAGAAAAGAAAAUUGAACAGUGAGCAGCCUGAAGAAGAUCCCAAAAAGAAUGAGAAUGACAGUGGAAGACCGAUCUCUCCUGCCUCAUUGGCUCAUAUGGUUCGAAAAUUCUAAUUUUUGUUUUCAUGUAAAUCAAAAUUAUAGCUUGAUAAAAUGCGCAAAGAACUGCUGGAUGAUGCGAAUUUGUCAAAGGCAGCAGCUCUGGAACUGAGCAAUUUUGAUAUUUCGGUUUGAUUAUUGGUCGAUUCGUGGAUAUAAUUUCAAGUUUGAGGUGGAAACCUGCGAUGAGUUCAACAAAAAGCGUGAAAGGAUUCGGGAUCUGCUCGGAAAUACGACUAAAUAUGAUGACAAAACUCAGCUGAACUACGAUGAAGUCCUUGUUUUGGGAAUAUCGUUUUCUAAAAUAUCUUUUCAGGCGGCAAUCGCCGGAGCAAAGCUUCUGGUGGAUCAGAAAAUCACGACAAGGAGGAUCAGCAAGCAGUUCGUUUAUAUUUUGACUUUGAAGAAUUGUUAAACGAUUAUUAUUUUAGGCUCCACGAUUGCGGAAUCGAUGAGAACAGCGUGCUGUACAAGCCAUUGGAUAUAACAAAAAGAGAGACAGUUUCGGCCAGGGAACAGUCCGAGUAAGUUUUUUACACCGAAAAUGUUUAAGGAAAGUUCGAAACUAUAAUUUUUAUAGUACAAGACAAGCUUCUGUCGUCGAAUCUUUCGUCGAUUUCCAGCGUCAGAUGCACUUCAAAAUGAACGUUAUCCAGAACAUUGCCGCCAAAUCCAAUGGUUUGUUUUUGAACUUUUCUUUCGUAUAAUAUGUUCAAAAAACUUGUUUGAGUGUUUGAAAGAGUAUAGUUUAAUUUUAUUUUCGACAAGGUUUUUGAGCAUCUAAACACGUCAGAAAAUAAAAUAGUUGAAUCAGGGUCAUUUUAAAAAUAUUUCUGCUGUUUUCCUACGUUCAGAUAUGCAUUUACUUCCAUUUCUCCUCGUUCUUUUCAUAACUUUUUCUUGAUUUUUCGUAAUAUCCACCUGAGUUUAUUUUUCGAAAAAAUCCUUUUGUAUGAAAAAUUAAGCUCUAUAGUCCAUUUGCAAUGUUUUUACGGAAUUGCUCAAAGUUAUCAUUGUGAUGAAAAUUUUAUUCAUUAGAGUUAUAAAUGUCCAUUAUUUUCAAAGAUCGAGAAUUAUUUUUUUUCAGUCAUUUCGAGUUUUUUUCAUAGUUCUUUGAUACAUGCGUUGCUUUCUAAAUUUUUUUUAUUGAGAUUGAAAAAAUUUUUUUUAAAUAGAAAAAGAAAAGUAAGAACUAUUAGUAAAAACGGAGAUAAUUAUUUGAAAAGAUAGGAAAAAAGCUUCAAGUUUAAUUUCACAUUAAUAAAAAUCAUACAGUGUAUUUUUUUAAUGCAGAUGUUUCUUGACAGCCAUAGAAACCCGGAUAUGUGAGUCAGGAACAAUCCGCCCUUCCUUAUUGUCUUGUAAUAAAACCUCGAGAACUCGGAGGAACAAUUAGGAAUACAGGGUGUUGCAAAAGGUCGCAAAAACGAUUCGAUGGGCCGAACCUGGCGCUUAGGCAGUCCUAAAUUGCUUUUUAUUACCUUUUUUUUUAGUUCCUGUAGGGGAUUUGGGACGGAUUGAUCUUUUGACUUUCUGGGCCAUAGGUGCGGAAAAAUAGGCUCAGGAGAAUCAAUUCAAUUUAUUUCUAAAUCCAAAUGAACUUUUUUUGAAGGUUUUGUAAAGGUUCAAAGAGCGAUUCCCGUUGAGAUUAGAUUCAAAAUUCUUUUUAAAACAAAUUUUAUUUUCUCGAAAAGUAACUUCUGCUUAUCUGAAAGGAAAAAUUUUGAAAUUUUGGCGUUCUUUGAAACCAAGACGAACAAAUGUUCAUAGAACAUCUUUUCUGAAGGUUGCCGCAGAAAACCUUUUGAUUAAUCGAAAAUCCGCAUGGAAAGUCUGUAGACGUGUUUCUACCGAAAAAGCGUUGAAGGUUCAUUUCAGACGAUUUCGAUUAAAAAUGUUCGAAAAUCAGUCGAGACUGGCGUUCUGAGAAAAAAAGGGAAUUUGUCAAACUUAUUUGCCCCCAAAAAAGAGGAAAAUAAAACUUGCUUCACGGUCAAUUUUUUCAAAAUUCGGUCGACUUUUUUUUGUUAGUGAAAGGGGUUGUUUUACUUUGACUAGGUUUUUUUAAAGGCAUAUGGGCAGUAAAAAAACGGGUUUUAAGGUGAAAGAAGUACCUUGUAGAGUUUUUCAUUGCGAACCGAGUGGUCUACUCAAAUUAACACAGAUAGGAGUACUUUUGAAGAAAAGUUAGCUUAGUCAGAUCUUAGAUGAUUUUUAGAUACAAAUAUUGUCUCUUCAUGAAAGUGUACUCGAGGAGAAUGGAAAUUGAAUUUUUUAGAGAUUGAAGGGAAAAAAUACCCGAAGAGCGAAGGUCGGAAGCCGAUGACGCGAGCUGAACGCGACGCGGAAAAUUUGCGAGCUCGUGCGGCUCAGCAGAAGACGGCGCGUCGUGGCCGAAAGCCCGACCCUUUCAGGACCCCCGUCACAAAGUCCAACUUCAACCCGUUGGAUGAUCGAUUGGUGAGCGGAUAAAAUAUAUUUAUCGAAGAAAAUCAUUGAAAAUUAGCAGAUAAGCACCAUAGGAGUACGGGAAAAAACAUGAAAAUCGUGUAUAUAAAAUUCGUGUAUAUAUAGUAAUUUUAUUCAAAAUUUUUCUGAGUAAUUUUAUUCAAAAUUGACGGGAUUUUUUGAAGAAAGGCCUAUUUUCCUUCAGUGCAGAAUUGAAAGAAAACUACUUUAAUUUCGAAUAUUCUCAUUUUUCAGAUCAUUGAAAAGUACGCUCUGGAGGUGGCCUCGGAGGUCCGUGAGGACAGCCAGAAGAAACGACGUCACAUCGCCCCGAUUCCAUUCGACAUCACCCUGCUCGACGACGAGAACGACGACGACGAGGCUGAAACCCACUGA